GUUUGUAAUGAUGUCGUCAUCCAUGUCAUCAAAAUAAAUCAACGGUGUGGAUAUGUGAUCAUGAGGCAUGCGUUGUGAUGGCUGUGCUUCUAAGUUCCAUUUCCACCUUUUUUUCCUGAGUCCAAGUGAUUAAACUCUGUGGCUACAAGAAUGUGGCUGAUGUUUUGGAAAACUAUAAGGAGGCUUUGGAUUUGGCUGCUGAUGGCUGUGCCGUUCGUGCAUGUGACAAACUGGGUCGAACAUGUUGGAGGUGCAUCACAGAAGCCCAGCAAUCCAGGACGACUGUCCAUUCCCUACGAGAGCAUAGAGAGGCUUCUCCUGGUUUCAACAUUGGAUGGAAGCAUACAUGCCGUGGGUCAGCAAUCCGGGGAUAGCAAGUGGACCUUCAAAGAAGAACCAAUCAUCAAGGUUCCAGCAGAAAUAGCCGACAAGGGGCUAAUGUUCCUUCCAGACCCCAAGGAUGGUUCUCUCUAUGCCGUCAGUAGCAACAGUGAUGGCCUCAAGAAACUCCCAUUCACAAUACCUGACCUGGUCACUGCCUCGCCGUGUAGGAGCACCGAUGGAAUACUCUAUACAGGGCGUAAGCUGGAUAGCUGGUUGGUCAUCGACGCGGCGACUGGCGAAAUGCAGCAGACGAUGACCACCGAAACCACCCAGAAUGCCUGCCCCAAGUCAGACGGCAGCGCCUUGUUCCUGGGCCGCACCGAGUUCACCCUGACCAUGUUUGACUCCACUUCUAGGGAGAGAGUAUGGAACGUGACAUACAUCGACUAUGGUAAUCAUGUUGCCAUGGACGACUCAGACUAUCGUCUAAGGCACUUCUCCUCCAUCACGGACGGCUCAGUGGUGACCCUGGAUGGCCAGACAGGCGAAAUGCUGUGGGACGGCAGCUACAGCUCGCCUGUGGUGGCCAUGUACACGGUCCACCCUGAGGGGCUGCGCAAGGUGGCGGUCACCAGCAUCUCCCCACAGACCAUGGACCACCUGCUGGACGGCCGGGAUUUCCCGGAAUGGCGCAACCGGCUGCUGGGGUACAAGAAGGCGGCAGCACUUAUACCCACCUUGUACAUUGGCGAAUUCGACAACAGGAUGUUUGCAAUGCACGCUGUAGUAGAGGAUGGGUCGGUUCCCAUAGUGCCGCGUGGCUGGAGUCCACCGCUGUUGGAAGGCCCUUCAUCAGCUAACGCUGAACCCACGCCAACCUUUGAUUCCAGCGACUUGGCCAGUCGGAUUGUAACCAUCAUGCCAGAGCCUGUGAAGCCAACAGCUUCUGCAGUAAAGCCAGUCGUGCUGAUGGGUCAUCAUGAGAUCCCCGAAGACUCCCAUGCCGUCCUGAUCCCCUCUAACUCCUACCCAAGCAAGGCCAUCAUCACUGGCACUGACAGUGUGAUCCUCCCCCUCAAGCAGCCUGAAGUGACCCCAGUCCCAUCAGGUGUUGACAACGCCACGGCUGUGGUUGGCGAGGGUAGGGAGCUUUGGCUACGCAUCGUGCUGAGCGACAGGGUGUUCGUCGGUGGGGUGGUGACCCUGCUGCUGGGAUUCCUGGCGCUGUUCUAUCUGAUUCCAAGGCCUAUCGUGAUAGUCUCUAACCAACCUCUGUCAGCACAGACCUCCAGUUGGAGCCAAGCCGGCAGUGGGAACGGUGCAGCUGAUUACAUCCCAGAAGGUUACAGCAAGGUCGGCAAGAUCAUGUUCAACCCCAAGGAGAUCCUGGGGCAGGGAUGCGAGGGAACCUUUGUCUACAAGGGCAGGUUUGACAACCGGGAUGUUGCCGUCAAGAGAAUCCUGCCUGAUUGCUUCAGCUUUGCCGACAGAGAAGUAGAUCUCCUUAGGGAAUCCGACGAGCACCCUAAUGUAAUCAGAUACUUCUGCACGGAGGAAGAUGCACAGUUCCGCUACAUAGCCCUGGAGCUGUGCACGGCAACACUGCAAGAGUAUGUCACCAGCCGAGAUGCCUUUGACAAUCUGGAAACAACAGAUGUCCUCUAUCAGGCAUCAUCUGGCCUGGCACACCUACACUCCUUGAAUAUAGUUCACAGGGACAUCAAGCCCCACAAUGUACUCAUUUCCCAGCCCAACCAGCUCGGCCAGGUCAAGGCCAUGAUCUCCGACUUCGGCCUUUGCAAGAAGCUGUCCGCGGGUCGCAGGUCGUUCUCCCGCAGAUCAGGGGCGGCGGGAACCGAGGGAUGGAUUGCCCCUGAGAUGCUGACCGGCGAAGAGAGAACAACCACAGCAGUGGACAUGUUCUCUCUUGGCUGUGUCUUUUACUACGUGCUGUCGAGUGGGAAGCAUCCCUUUGGAGAUUCUCUUCACAGACAGGCUAAUAUCCUGACAGGACAUUAUUCACUGGAUAAACUUUCUCCAGAUGAUUCAAUACCCAGAGAACUGAUUACUCAGAUGAUAGAGAGGUUGCCGGCUGACCGGCCGACAUCAAAGAGCAUCCUGAAGCACCCGUUCUUCUGGAAUCGAGAAAAGCAACUCAUGUUCUUCCAGGAUGUCAGUGACAGGAUAGAAAAGGAAGCUCUGGACUGUGAAAUCCUGGUUACCCUGGAAACAAAUGCCCCCGAUGUUGUGAAAAAUGACUGGCGGCAGAACAUCACAAUAGAACUGCAGACAGAUCUUCGCAAAUUCCGAGCCUACAAAGGCAAGUCGGUUCGUGAUCUUCUGCGGGCUAUGAGGAAUAAGAAACACCACUACAGGGAGCUUCCGGAUGAAGUCAAAGAGUCACUGGGUCCGGUGCCGGAUGGCUUUGUCCACUACUUCACCUCGCGCUUCCCACAGCUCCUCCCACAUGUGUACCAGGCUAUCGGCCAGCACUGUAAGGAGGAGAGGGUGUUCCAGAAAUACUACCCACAACCUCAGGAAGACAGAACUUUCAACAUCGUCAGAGAGGUGAUUUCUUAGACCAAGGAAAAAAGUGCCAGAUUCUCGGUUGGUGAUGCCCCGGAUUGUUUCCUUCCACAACAGACUGCCUGUGCUUUUUGAUCCCAAGCCAAGAUCCAUUUGUACAGGCAUAAUUUUACGGCCACUUUAACAACAGAAAUCUGUGCUCAUCAUCAGGUACAUACCGUACACAUAUAACAAAAACACAGAAAUUUUGUGCCAACAAUGUUAGCACUAAAUCUGUAUGUCCAUAGGCUAAACUGCCUUGUUAAACCACAGAACAUGGAUGGCAAGAAGGGGACACUUUGAACUCCCCUGAAAAAAAAAUGAAGGUGGGCAAAAACGGGGAAAAAAGUGAGAGAUAAAAGGAUGAGAAAACCCCACGAAACAGACAUCCUUCCGCUGUAAACAGCUUCUCCGUUUAUUGUUGACGAGUUCUGUAGCCCCCCCCCAACAAAAUGUGCCUCUGCCCUGUAAUAUGUACAGUAUGGACACUUAUAUGCAAUAUAUCCCGAUUGUUUCGGUAAAGCAUAGGAACAAAUUACACAUCUAUUCACGUACAUGUAUGCCAGUGUGUUCCACUUCUGCGGAUACAACAUGGUGAUCCCCAGUAGUAAUACACAAAGGAACAAUCUGAGAGUCUCGAGGGAGCCCUGACUUGAAGUGAAAUUUACAGGUUUGGGUUUAUUUGCUACAAGUACAUGUGUCUGUCAUUUAUCCGCAUUUUUAUUUAUUGUUUUGCAUGACAUUGAUUCAAAUUUGGACAUCUCAGAAUGUAAAACUGUUUAUAUGGAAGGUGGUGAGCAAAGACAUUUCACUUUUUAAAAAACUCACAAAUCAUGAUUUCAAAAUCAUGGUUUAUUACAGUAACAUGGAGCUCAAAUGUUUACAAUACCACAGGCAGUAUGGAACUUUAAGUUGUGUCAAACCUUACUCUAUUGUCAUACUGCCUCAACU